AUGACUACUCCCUUCAAGAACGUUAUCAUUGUCGGUGCCAUUUCUGGUUUUCUUGCAGCAAGCUGUCUCCAGAAAAGACUGCCGAAGGAAUACCGGCUGAUCCUCAUCGACAAACAAGAAGACCUCUUCUACCCGAUUGCAUCUCUCCGGGCUGCAGUCAUACCAGGAUGGGAGGACUGUAUUCAUACUCCCUUUGACCAAGUUUUCGGCAAGGGUAGUCAACACAUAUCCUUACCGGGGACAGAGGUGCUCGAACUAAGAGAACGCUCCGUGGUUGUGGAAAAAGAGCACGCUGAGCUCGGUCUAGGGAUAGAGAUCCCUUUCGAAUUCUGCAUCCUCGCAACCGGUGCUUCACAGAAUCUUCCCGGAAAACCAGCCGGUCGUACAGGGAGAGAGAUCUCGGCUUACCUACGUUCCACCCAGUCCACCAUCGCCUCCGCCCAACGUGUACUAGUGGUAGGCGGCGGCCCUGCAGGACUAGAAUUCGCCACAGAAGUGGCAGAACAUUGCCCGCAUGUCGGAGUCACGCUCGUACACCGGAAUGACAAACUGAUGAAGUUCGCCCCGAGGGCGCAUGAGAAGGUUUUACCUGUGAUUGAGAAGCUCGGCAUAGAGAUCAUAUUGGAGGAUACAGUUCUCUGGCCAGCAGGGUACACGUCUGGCGACCCAGUAGGGGAGAAAACGAUUUUCCACACCCAAAAGGGGCGCACGAUCUCCGCACAAUACGUCUACUUGGCUACCGGGAACCGGCCCAACAGCUCCCUCGUGGCAGCACUCGACCCCAGCUCCAUCUCCGACACCGGCUGUAUCCGCGUUCUCGACACGCUCCAGCUGGAGGAUCCUCGCCUGAAGCAUAUAUUCGUCAUGGGCGAUGUAGCAGAUUUGAAGGAGGUCAAGCUGCUUGGGGGCAGCUUGAGACAUGCUCGGGUCAUAGCUGCCAAUGUGCUUAGCUUGAUUGCUGGAAAUGAACCUACGAAGAAGCACACGCCGAGGGUGAACGCCAGUGUCGUCACCCUGGGAACGAAGACCGUUCUCCUCUAUACCUCCUGGUUUACGUUCACGAGCACCUGGCUAGCCUGGCUCAUGCCACGAGACCUACGUGCCUCUUUCUGGCGCCAAGCGUGGAGCGGAAAGAGAAGGCUUCUGUGA